AUGGGUCCACGAUCAACAGUACUGCCUAGCGCACAGACCGAGAGCGCGCGCGAGUUGCGCCGCAACUUCUACUGCGAUCUCUGUAGCAAAGGAUACGGUCGUAUCACAGAACUCGAAGCCCACGAAAACGGCUAUGACCACCAACACCGCAAGCGCAUGAAGGAGAUGAAGCAAAUCACUCGCAACCCUACAGCCGCCGUCCGCAACUCACGCACCGAGAAGAAACGCACUGAAAACUCUGAGAUGAUCAGCUUGAACUUGAACAAAUGUGGAAAGUCAGAUGGUGUAAAGAGGGGGUUCAGGGACAUUGGUGGUGACAGAGAUGCGACACAGGAUGUACGGACGGCACCGACUGCGGCUGUGCCUGCUGUUGUCAUGAACGAGGCACCGGCCAAAGAACAAGUCGAGGUCGAGAGACCGUUGCGAUGGGACGAUCUCACACAACUGGACUCCAUCCUGGACCCGUCAACACUACCUGCUGAAUGGCAGCAACUUGGCCCAAGCGCUACCCGGACGUACUUCUCCAACAUGGCCGAUGCCGAGAAGCGAAGAGCAUACUUUGAUGAUGACGAAGACAUCCUGGAUGAGAUGGGUAUUGCAGAUGACGAAUGGCAUGCAGACGACGAAAACGUCUUGGAUGAAACCGACAUCGAUCAAGACUGGGAAGACUUUAUGCAAUCCGACGAUUGGAAGAAGCAAAAGAACGACGCUGAGCAAGCGAGAAAGGAUAAACUCAACCAGGCUUGGAAGCAAAGACGGGCUAUGCAGCAGUCGGCGUAG